AUGGACGGCUCUGGUCUUGCCCUCUGCCUUCUUGCUGCUGUGUUUUGCCUCUUCUGGACACCGUCUGCUGGGCUGAAGACACUCCAUUUGGGAAGCUGUGUGAUCACCACAAACCUUCAGGAAAUGCGAAAUGGAUUUUCUGAGAUACGGGACCGCGUGCAAGCCGAAGAUGAGAUCAUUGACGUCAGAAUCUUGAGGAAGAUGGUGUCUUUGCAAGACACAGAGCCUGCAGGUCAGUGCUGCCUCCUCCGCCAUGUCCUGAGACUCUACCUGGACAAAGUCUUCAAAAACUACCAGACCCCUGACCACCACAUCCUCCGGAAGCUCAGCAGUCUUGCCAACUCUUUUCUUACCAUUAAGAAGGACCUGCGGCUGUGUCAUGACCGUAUGACAUGCCCUUGUUGGGAGGAAGCAAUGGAGAAAUACAGCCGGAUUCUGAGUCACUUCGAAGAGCUUAAGCCUCGGGAAGCGGUGGUGAAGGCUUUGGGAGAGCUCGACAUUCUCCUGCGAUGGAUGGAGGAGACGGAAUAG